AGAAAUGUAUAUACUGUCAUGAAUGAUGCCAAACUGUGUAUCUGAUAGUUAAUAAAAAAGAAAGGGUGACAAAGAUGAAAUUUACAAUUACCUGAUGAAUGUCCAGAAAUUAAUUAAACUAACGACAGGAACUUUUCAGGCAUUUAGGUGACUAGGAUCUAGACGACAAGAGACCGCAAAAAGUAAAAUUAAUUCCAUUGUCCUAUCAUACGAAAUUUCCUCAUAAUUUCACCACACCUGCCUUUUUCAUCUCUAUAUGCAACAUAUUGAUAUGGAGAAACUUCCAAACGACAUAUCACAAGUCACAUAUCCAACUUACAUCACCCAAUCUUGCAUAUAUUAGCCUGAGAUCAAGAACAGAAGAAGGCUAGCCCAAUCCAAAUCACACUGUUAAGUCAUAAACUGUGUGUGACCCAACGGCCUUCUCAUUCCAGCACAAGCAGACAAUGUCACCUUCGGUCAUCACCUCCCACUUUUCUUAAAUGGUAAAAACACAGAGAAGACUUGGCAAUAAAUUUCCUCUUUAAAGAGCGGUUGGGCUGUGCCAUUGCCAAUUAAAAGUUCCUCUUUGAAGUGUGGUUGGGUUGUCACUUGUCAUAUAUGCUAUAGCUUUGAACACAACUUAUCACUUAACCCUUCUUUCACACUGUUGGGAUUGACGUCCACUUUUAUAAGCCCUCCAUGUAUAGAUAAUUGCAAGAGUUGAGUUAAAAGACAAGAAAUACUUUGUUCUAAACACACCUGCUUUUUCAUGUUAAAUAGAAUCGCACGGCAUAAACAUUUGCCAUAAAGUUGAUGGGCCUCCUCACUUAGUUGGUAAUAUAUAGCUCUUUACUUUAGCUGCUUCUUUUGCCGUUAUUGUUGUUUUUCUUUACUGUUUCGUUGAGCUAAAGCUUGUGAAAGAGAAGGUGAGGGAACCAUAUAUACAUGAAUACGUUAAGCCAUCUCUUCUUGACUGUCUUCUUUUACAACUUCUCAACAUUCAUGGUGAUCCCCGCCAUGACUGAUGUUACUAUGUUUGCACUUUGUCCUGGACAAGUUGAGUGCUCUCUCGCUAUUUUUCUCACCGGAUUUCAACAAGCGAUCAUAGGGCUGGGAACAUUGGUAAUGAUGCCUUUGGUAGGGAAUCUAUCGGACAAAUAUGGAAGGAAAGCUUUGCUUACUAUUCCUAUGAGUCUUACCGUAAUCCCCUUGGCCACAUUGGCAUACAGCAGAACCACGUAUUUCUUCUACGCAUAUUAUGUGAUGAAGACUCUCACUGCCAUGGUUUGUGAAGGAAGUGUCCACUGCCUUGCUCUCGCCUAUGUGGCAGACAAUGUUCCGGAAGCGCGGCGAGCCUCGGCCUUUGGAAUUCUUUCAGGAAUUGGAUCGUCGGCGUUCGUUUGUGGAACACUCUCUACUCGUUUUCUUUCCACCGCCUCCACUUUCCAGGUUUCAGCCUCAAUGGCAGUUGUGGCCAUAGUAUACAUGAAGGUUUUCCUUCAGGACUCAAUCGUGGAUAAAAACCUCACUACUCCAAUAAUCUCUAACGGAAAGGGUAAAGUUUAUGUACAGAUUGAAAAUUCAAGUGAGAAUGAGCAGGUUUUUAGAACUAUGCCUUCCUUAGAGGAUAUGAUUUGCUUGCUUAAGAGCAGUGUUACGUUUACGCAAGCUGCCAUUGUUGCUUUUUUCAUCAACCUUUCGGAGGUUGGCCUUCAUGCUUCAUUAAUGUACUACUUAAAGGCACGGUUUCACUUCAACAAGAAUCAAUUUGCUGACCUAAUGGUAAUUUCUGGGAUUGCUGGCACCAUUUCGCAGUUGCUUCUCAUGCCUUUAUUGGCUCCUGCUUUAGGAGAGGCGAGGUUGCUUUCAGUAGGGCUCUUUUUUACAUGUAUACAUAUGUUUCUUUACAGCAUUGCAUGGUCCUUCUGGGUCCCUUAUGCUGCUGCCUUGCUCUCCAUUUUGUUCGUCUUUUCACAACCAUGCUUGCGGACUAUUGUAUCGAAGCAAGUUGGGGCUUGUGAGCAGGGAAAGGCUCAAGGAUUCGUUUCAGGUUUGGGCUCGUUAGCCAAUGUGGUUUCGCCCUUGGUUUUCUCUCCUUUAACAGCUUUGUUCCUAUCCGAAAGAGCACCAUUUCACUUCCCUGGUUUCAGUAUUAUGUGUGUUGGAUUUGCCUCGAUGAUAGCCUUGAUCCAGAGUAUGAUGAUGAGGGUGGCCCCUCCCAUUUCAAAUGAGAGAGCCAGUAAUUACAGCAAUGUGGAAGCCUAGGAGUGGCUCAAACUAUGACAGUUGCUUUCUGCCUUCAUAUUGUCAGUAUUUAUUAAGAAGUAAAAACCUCCCAUCUGUAUUUGUUUGUAUUAGGGGAGUAGUUCAUAUAUGAGGGUAGAAAUUCUUGAAUCAAAGUCAUUUCCUAGCUCUAUUUAUGCUCGGCGCCACAAGAUCUCAAGUAAUUGAUACCAUAGGUAGGGAGUUAAUCUCACUGGAGUACAAUUUAAGAGAGGAGGUUGAAGAUGCCGCCUAAAAUGUGGAAGUGGAUCAGUGAUAACUGCAGUGGAAUUUGUAUGAUAGCAAAAGCUCUGUUUGGUGUUGCGUAAUGGACUGCUUAUAUGUAAAUGUUUCGCCCAGAAAGGGGGGAAGGGAUAGCAAAACACAUUCUUGGUAUUAAUCAAGUAUAAUUUUGGUUUUGUUA